AUGAAUUCUACAUCCCAAAGUAUCUCACCCCAAAGCUCAAGUGACGAAAAAAAGUCUAGAAAAAGAACAAAGCAGAAGAAUGAAAGAAUUCCCAUGACUUUAUGCAAGAGAAUUGUUGACUUGACUGUAAAAACAGAUCAUAAGCCCGUUUCAGAAGUUGCUUCUAUGUUUAGCCUUUCUAGAUCUACUGUAGAUAAUAUAAAGGACAGUUUCCGAGAUAAUAGAGAGGUCAUUGUCAAGCAAAGAGGUGGCAGAAAGAAGGAAUGUACAAAAAUCAUGGAAGAACAUUCAGAAUAUCUCAUUGAGAUCCUAGACAAAAAUUGCACGUUGACUCUUGAGAUGAUGAGAGAAAAGCUUUACAAACGCUUUGACAACUUACGAGAAAAAGAUAUACGUUCACAAACCAAGGCUGUGGAGGAGAGAAGAAACGACGCGGAUGUUAUUGAAGCAAAGAGAAAAUUUGUAGAGUCUCUUCUGGAACUUGGGAUUGCAUAUGUAGCCAAUUGCAUUUUUAUUGACAAAGCUGGAUUUAACGUUAAUCUCAUAUGCCAACAAGGGUGGUCGAAGAAGGGAAAGAAUGCCAUUGUACGUACUAAGACCAAGAGGGCACUCAACAUCAGCAUCUUGGCAGCAAUAUCAAAUAAUGUUGUCAAGAGCAUGUCAGCCAAGCUUGUUCCAAAAGGCACCAAUGCUGAACUUUUCACCGAGUUUUUAAAGCCAACUAUAAAAACACUGGAUGACACCAAUGCUGUUCCCCAGUGGUUCAUCCUGGACAAUACUCCCAUCUACAGAUCCCAUUUGGUCAGAGACUUUAUGGCAACAACACAACACCACAUCAAGUUCUUGCUAUCUUACUCACCAUUUUUGAAUCCAGUAGAAGAGAGCGUCUCAAAGCUAAAGGGUUUGGCGAAGAGAAAGCCAGAGUUAGAUACUACUAUGGGAGAUUUUUCUAGGGUUGCAAAUGACUGUUAUGUACGACAGUGGCUCGAUUUCCUUUUUUGGAUUUACUAUUUUUGA